GGCGGGGGUUGGGAAGAUGGCGGCUCCCAGCCUCCUCAACUGGAGGCGGGUUUCCUCCUUUACCGGGCCGGUGCCCCGCGCCCGGCACGGACACCGAGCCGUAGCCAUCCGGGAGCUGAUGAUCAUCUUCGGCGGGGGCAACGAGGGCAUCGCGGACGAGCUACACGUCUACAACACCGUUACAAAUCAGUGGUUCCUACCAGCUGUCAGAGGAGACAUCCCUCCAGGCUGUGCGGCCCAUGGAUUUGUCUGUGAUGGCACUAGAAUACUCGUGUUUGGGGGCAUGGUUGAAUAUGGAAGAUACAGCAAUGAGCUAUAUGAGCUACAAGCAAGUCGUUGGCUAUGGAGAAAAGUGAAACCCCAGCCUCCUCCUUCUGGCUCACCUCCUUGUCCUCGUCUCGGACAUAGUUUCUCUUUAUAUGGUAACAAAUGCUAUUUGUUUGGCGGUCUGGCAAAUGAGAGUGAAGAUUCCAAUAACAAUGUCCCCAGGUAUUUAAAUGAUUUCUAUGAGCUGGAACUACAGCAUGGUUCUGGUGUCGUGGGCUGGAGCAUUCCAGCCACGAAAGGCAUUGUACCUUCUCCAAGAGAAUCCCACACUGCUAUUAUAUAUUGUAAAAAAGACUCCGGGAGUCCUAAGAUGUAUGUGUUUGGUGGAAUGUGUGGUGCUCGCCUGGAUGACCUAUGGCAGCUUGAUUUAGAAACUAUGUCAUGGUCAAAACCAGAAACGAAGGGGACAGUGCCACUUCCGCGGAGUCUUCAUACAGCCAGUGUUAUAGGAAACAAGAUGUACAUUUUUGGUGGAUGGGUUCCCCACAAGGGGGAGAAUCCUGAGAAUUCACCUAAUGAUUGCGAGUGGAGAUGUACGAGCUCAUUUUCUUACCUGAAUCUAGAUACAGCAGAGUGGACCACUCUAGUGUCAGAUUCUCAGGAAGAUAAAAAAAAUUCAAGGCCAAGACCACGAGCCGGACACUGCGCUGUUGCGGUUGGCACUCGACUGUACUUCUGGAGUGGAAGAGAUGGCUACAAAAAAGCCCUCAAUAGUCAAGUGUGCUGCAAGGAUCUCUGGUAUCUCGAUACUGAGAAACCACCAGCACCAUCCCAAGUCCAGCUGAUCAAAGCUACUACCAACUCUUUCCACGUCAAGUGGGACGAAGUGCCGACGGUCGAGGGCUAUCUCUUGCAGUUGAAUACUGACUUGCCGUACCAAACUGCAUCACCCGAUUCUUCAGCAGCACCAAAUACGAUAGGAGGCAGGAUGGACCCUCAGAGACAAGGCAGUAAUAGCAUCCUUCAGAACAGUGUUAGUGAUACAGUAAACAGUGCAAAAACUGAGCACACAGCCAUGAAGGGGACCUCACUGAAAAGCAAACCAGACUUCAGAGCAGCCGACUCUAAUGCUGGCUUGCAUUCGCCUUUGGCGCCUAAUGCUCCUCAUAACAACAGCUGUGUGGCAGAUAUGCUCUGGAAGAGUGAAGUUGAUGAAAUAUGUGCUCGGCCUGCAACUAAGAUGAGCCGUGUAGAGGUGCAUGCUGCAGCAGUGCCGUUCUCUAAAGAGACACCUUCAAAUCCAGUGGCUAUUUUGAAAACAGAACAUCAAUGGUGUGAUGUGGGAAUUUUUAAAAACAACACCGCUUUGGUGAGCCAAUUUUACUUGCUGCCAAAAGGAAAACAAAGUAUGUCAAAGGUAGGAAAUGCAGAUGUGCCUGACUACAGUUUACUAAAAAAACAGGAUCUUAUUCCUGGAACCGUUUAUAAAUUCAGGGUUGCUGCAAUCAAUGGUUGUGGAAUAGGCCCUUUCAGCAAAAUCAGUGAAUUUAAAACGUGUAUUCCUGGCUUUCCUGGAGCUCCUUCUACAGUCCGGAUUUCCAAGAAUGUCGAAGGGAUCCACCUUUCCUGGGAGCCUCCAACUUCACCUUCUGGAAACAUUUUGGAAUACUCAGCCUACUUGGCUAUCCGCACAGCACAGAUGCAAGAUAAUCCAAGCCAGCUUGUGUUCAUGAGGAUCUACUGUGGCCUGAAAACCUCGUGUGUCGUGACUUCUGGGCAGCUCGCAAAUGCACACAUUGACUACACGUCUCGACCUGCCGUUGUGUUCCGGAUAUCGGCCAAGAAUGAGAAGGGCUACGGACCAGCCACGCAAGUUCGGUGGCUUCAAGGUAACAAUAAGAAGGCUCCUUUGAGUUGAGUUGUUUUUAUUAACGCUGUUGUGAUGGUUAUUUAUUAGUAACUGGUUAUGAAGAUGUGUUCUUUGAGAGUAUUCUCUGACUGUAUUUCUAGCAGUUAUGAAUUUGAGUUUGUAAAUUGUUCUUCAAAUGUAUUUGCUCACUUCUAGAUCCCAAUAAAAAUAGAAAGAAGCAAAGACUGAAAAUUAGUAUAUGGAUUCUUCCUUACCCAUGUAGCUACUCAUAAAGAAAAAAUAGCAAAGCAAAGAUAAAAGUUGUAAGGUGCAUUGCCCCUUAUCUUUUAUGAAGGCUCUGUAACUCAGUCACCCUGCAGCGACUGAGUUGAGUCUAGGAAGUGGCUGUUGUAGGCCUUGCUGUGGCGAAGGUGGGCCCCAUGGUAAAUGCCCUUCAGCUCUGCCCAGGAGCAGGUGCUCUUCCACCAGCUGCUGCCCAGUGCACAGGUUUUCUGCACUGACCUUAGUAGCCACUUUAUUCCCUUAUUAUAGUUCUCACAAGCUUAAGAAAUUAAAAGGAAAAGACAAGCUCAGGAACUCUGUUUUUAUUUCCUGAGAAUCAUAGCAAACUAUGAAAAUGAUAGUGGCUAGUCUUCUAUAUAUGACCACUAUAUCAGAAUAUAUCUUCAGCUAAAGCACUCAACCUGUAAUGCCUGCACUAGCAGGUAAAGGUCCCUUUCAGCUCUAAACUGUUUCCUCUAGAAGUUGGGUGCAGCCUGCACACUGUGCUUGUCAGCAGUCUUCCUGGCUGUCCAGCUGUGCUGUCUGCCACUUCAGUAGAAAGCAGAACGUGUCCUCCUCUUGAAGAAGUAAGCACCUUAAUAGGACACAAGUUUUUAAAUAGUGUUUGAAACAUUUGUAAGAUUUUUGUAAAUGCCUAGAUGUUUUAUUUUUGCAUUAUUUUUACCUCAAAAUUGUUUACGCUUUUUUAUACCAGAAAUAAAAGCAUUAGACAGCCAGUCUAGGCUCCUGACCACCGAGAGAUGCUGAUAACCCUGUGACCAUUGGCUGCAGGUGACUUUCUUUACACCUUCUCGAGUCUCAGUUUGAGCGCAUAGUCAGUUUAGAAAUGAGUAUGUGUAGAGCAAUAACUGCAGAAGGUAUUUCAGGCUGAGAGCUGCCGUGACUAGGAGCGCAGGUCUAGCUAGCUUGCUUUGCCACACAAUCUCAAUGCCAGUGUAGAGGGCUGAGCAGCUGUGCCCUCCAACUUUACAUAUGAUAUGCCCAGUGAAGAUGACUCUAAUUGUGAAGAAUUGAUAUAUAUGCCAGUUACUAACUUAAAGUGUAUAGAAUAUUUUAAUAUAUGAUUUUUGUAAAGACUGGGAUUUUUAUACUACAGUAUUUGUAAUUAAUGCGUCUCACUAAUUAAAUUUCUCUUGAAGAAAAUAUGCAAAUUGUUAGACACACGAGUGGUCUCUGAGCACUCGUCUGGUGUUGGAAGGAGACCUUUCUGGGGCACAUGGAUCCUUAGUCAUUAAAUGGGUACUUUCCAAGCAGUGUUCACAAGGAGCACCUCUGGUUGGUCAUCUAGCAGCUCUCGUGGGAGAGUCACCCGCCUUCAUUUCACGUGUGUGCUUUGCUUUGGGCAGUGCUUGCUUUUUGCACUAGUAGACUUUGAACUUACCUCAUUGUUAUGUUUAGAGUCAUUUGUGUAGCUUCCAUGAUGUGUUUGAUAGAAGCUAAACAUGUUUUAACCAAAGUUACAUGGUAUGUAUGCAGAUUUGCACAUAGGGAGUGGCAGGCUUUGUUGUACGCGUGUGCUCAGCUUAGGAGAAUAGGCAGUUACAGGAAGUGUAUGCUUCAAGCCCAAUUACUUUACUAGAAAAUCUUGUCUUUCAAUCCCUAUUCUCUGCAUUAACAGUUUACAUCUUGAAACAUUUAUCUUAUUGUUGAGGAAUAAAAUUGAUGUAAAGCAGACCAGAA